AUGGAGCAAUCCUCACUCGACAGCUCGAAAGCGGAUCAGUACAAACCCACAUGGACUGGACUUCGAUGGGCUUUGUUUGGAAAGCCAGGAAAAGGUGGCAUUUCCGGGCCAGGGCUGAAAAUGGAUCUGAAUGCUAACAUUGGGCUAACGUUCACUCCAAUAGAAUGGGGAAACGAGCAGAAGCAUAUUUUGUCUGCCAUCCCUCAGGGCAAAUCCGUGUUCAUCACAGGCUCUGCUGGGACUGCCCAGAAAGAAACCUUUCUUAGCAUCCAAUUGCUCGACUCGAUGGGUACUUCUAGUGGUUUGCCGGAGAAGCUCUUGUAUUUCUUUAAGGAGUUGAAAGAGGAUAGGCUAUUGGGGCUUCCUGCGAAUUCUGUGGAAGGUAACAAGACUGUAGAAUAUUCGAGGGACCACAAAAAGGGGAAGUCAACUGUUGCCUCUAAAAGGGCCCGGAUACCGCCUAAACCAGUGCAAGGUUGUAUUCCCAAGGAAGCUAGCAUAGCAAUAGGGAAUCCAUCUAGUAUUGACUAA